AUGAGCCUGAACGUGAACGGAUUCCCUGAUCAGGGUCUCCCAAAUGAUGUGCAUGUCAUUCAGCGUCUAGAACCGCUAGUCGUGCCACUGAAAGAGGCACUGGAGGCACGCUCGCUCAAGGUGCCCUGUCUAGAGUCACCCUUGACUGGUCGACAGCUGGCCCAGUUCGUGUUUGACCUGUACUCGUUCCAGGAGCGCGCGCUUGGAUUUGGCGCGCCAUCACCAGCCAAUCCAAAGGCGACCAAUCCAUUGGCGCGGCAUCCGCCGCGUCUGCCAGCCGCCGUUUUGCAGACGUACCGCUCCUACACGGACUUUUCGCCGCUGGAUACCACUGUUUCACUGUACAAAGUACUGUUGGCGUGCUUUGUCUUCCUUUCCGAGCACCAGGUCACAAAGUGGGACAUGUCGUCGGAUGCACAGCGCACAACGUACGUGGAAAUGAUCGCGCACGUCCGCGCCGAAUUGCGUUCCCAAGGCCUAAUUCCGACGCCGCGGAUUGCUGUGUCAUCCGACGUGACCGAGGCUGAAAAGACUCACUUGCGUGCCAUUGCCACUGACCUAGAGUGUGAGUGGACCGACGAUGCGGCGCAGGCAACACAUAUCCUACGUCCCGCGACAUCGGAUGCAGCGCCUACAGCCCCUGAAGGCUCCAAGCCGCCGGAAUCGGAGUAUUUCCGCACACUAGCGCACCAUGAAAAGCAUGUACUGAUCCAUGUGUGGUACCGACCAGACUCCUACGACACUUGGCUUCCAGACAAGGACUUCUCGGACCCUGAGCCUGCACCUGCGCCACGCACAACGGCAUGGCACAUUAGCACGCGUUGGCUUCAAGAUGCGCGAUUGUACAACGAGAUCAUGAAUGAAGAGGAUUACGAGUUGGAAGAGGAGACGAACGAAAGCGCUGCGGCGGCAGGUACCGACCAGAGCGUGCCGAGUGACGCUGCGGAUGCGCAAGCUCGGCGCUCCAAAAAGCACAAUUUGCCUGAGUCCAUCAGCGAUGAUUCAGCCUCAAAGCGGAUCAAGCUGCAUGUGGGACAGCGACCCGUUGGUGCAACACCCAUUGACCUAUCUGGCAGCCAGCCCAUUCCUGGCAAAAAGUAUGAGAGUGAGCCGAUUGCCGGUGGUGCGAUGGGCAAUCUGCCAGGGCAAGCUGUGGCCUUCGAAGAGUCUUCUACGCAAGAAACUCUCGCGGUUCGUGCCGCGGAGGCGGCCGACGCUUCGACAGAGUCUGUUGACCGAGAUGAUGCCGUAAAUAUGGCGCGCAAGUACCUGGCGGAACAGACGCAGGAGGUGAUCAUUCCUUCGUAUUCGACAUGGUUCGACAUGUCGACGAUCAACGCAAUUGAGAAGCGCUCCUUGCCUGAGUUCUUUAAUAACAAGAACCGCAGUAAGACCCCGACUGUGUACAAAGAAUACCGUGACUUUAUGAUUAAUACGUACCGCCUGAACCCCAGCGAGUACCUGACUUUCACAGCUUGCCGCCGUAAUCUUGCUGGUGACGUAUGUGCGAUCAUGCGUGUGCAUGCCUUCCUGGAACAGUGGGGUCUCAUUAACUAUCAAAUUGACCCCGAAACGCGACCAGCCGCCCUGGGUCCUCCCUUCACCGGCCAUUUUCGUGUACUCAUCGAUACACCGCGGGGUCUGGCGCCUCUGCAUCCUGGUACUCGACCUGAUGCUCAGGUCAAGAGCGAGACCGGUACUGAGAGCGUGCCCACGGAUGGUGUGCCGCUUGAGCUGCGCAAGUCCAUUUUCCAAUCUACGCUUAAGGGUUCGAGGCCCGUGGACCAUGCAGAGGCCAACUCGCUCGCAGCGCAUGCGCAGCGCGAGUUGGCAGAGAACGACAAAAAGCCGGCUUACUCGUGCGACACAUGCGGUGUGGACUGCACCUCGUCUCGAUAUCAGAGCAUCAAGGCCAAGGAUUUCUCGCUGUGCCCACCCUGCUACUUGGAAGGCCGCUUUCCAUCGUCCAUGUACUCUGGUGAGUUUGUGCGUCUGGAUGAAACGGCCUUUAAGCAUGCAGGCAGCGCCGGCGGCGGCGGGGAUGACGACUGGACCGACGAGGAAACGCUCAAGCUGCUCGAGGGUAUUGAAAUGUACGAGGAGGACUGGGGCAUGGUAUCGCUGCAUGUCGGCACUCGCUCACGCGAGCAAUGUGUGACCAAGUUUAUCCAGCUACCUAUCCAGGAUCGCUAUCUCGAUGGCGUUGCGCAGGGCGACCUUGGCGCUCUGCAGUACGCUCCUCGUGAUCCUACAGGUGACAAGCCCAUGCCACUUGUGCCUUUUGCGCAGUCAGACAACCCCGUCAUGAGCAUUGUUGCGCUGCUGGCCAGUGCGGUGAGUCCGGCUGUGGCAGCCGCCGCGGCGCAGAGCGCACUAGGCACUUUGACGGACGGAAUCAAGCGCAAGAUUGCUGCGGCUAGUGGCGAGAGCAGCGAUAAGGCGGCUUCUCAGGAGACCGAAGCCUCGUCAGACGCAGCGAAAGGAGCUGACAUGGACGUGGACCCAGCCAAGGAGCAGGAGACCGCUGAGGCAGUCUCUAGCGGACCAGCCACUCAGGACACGAUCCCGAAAGACCAGAUUGAACAUGCUGCCUCGAUUGCACUUGGUGCAGCAGCCUCCAAGGCUUAUGUACUCGCGACUCAUGAGGAACGCGAGUGCCAGCGGCUUGUGCAGCAGGUGAUCGAGCUCCAGCUUAAGAAGAUGCAAUUAAAAAUGUCGCAGUUCGAAGAACUGGAGUCAUUGCUUGAGGCUGAACGGCGCUCCAUUGAAGCUGGUCGCAAGCAACUUUAUGCAGACCGUCUUGCUGUGCAGCGUCAGCUGGCUGCGGUAAAUGAGCUUUUGCGCAAGGCCACUACAGUGCCGCACGAAAUCCGCCCCGAGGAGGUGGCCCGGGCAUCCAGCGCCUCGCAGGGUGUGCCUCAGCAGGGCCCUGUCGUACGCGAGGCCCCUAAUGAAGCACCAAACAGUGGCCAGGUCGCCCGCCUAGAAUAG